UACAUUGUAUCAAUCUCUACUGAAGGAGAUAGCUGCGAGCAACCAACAAGACUGUGCACGGAAGGACACAUCGAAAGCUGAGGAAUGAUCCUGGGUUGGAAUCGGUCCUUCUAUGUUGGAUUAAUUAUGCAAUGAAGCAAGAAAAAAAUCUUUAUAGCUUGUUAAAUUUAACUUAAAGAUGUCCACUCGAGCUGGUAUGUUCUAUUUGGAACGGGGAAGUAUGACGGCAGGAGUCCAGUGAAUCGCUGGCCUCUCCUUCCCUUGCCGUUUCGUUGGAUUUCUUGGGGAGUGCAUUGGUCCUUGGGCAUUAAGGCUGAUUUUGACAUAAUUUGACCAGAUUUUCGUGAAUAACUUCCAGUCAUCUUUAUCUAUGGAGUGUACAUAACGAGACGUCGCAUCGGAAUUAGUAAGAGGGGGCAAAAAUGUGGGUAAAUGGGAAAGGAAUACCUAAACCGUAAGGAUUCUGUAACCCCUGCCCUAGUGCCCCAACCGUCUGAGAAGGUGUCAGACCUCAUUGAGGCAAACCUGGGCCGUUGGCACUAAAAUGUCCCUAAGUGGUGGCACUGCAGGCGGGAAAGGUGUGGACUCAAAUGCGGUGGACACUUACGACAGCGGUGAUGAGUGGGACAUCGGUGUAGGAAAUCUAAUUAUUGACCUCGACGCCGACUUAGAAAAAGACAAACUCGAGAUGUCUGGCACCAAGGACGGAGGGUCCAUGGCAGCACCGCCAAGCGCUGUGGCAGCGUUGCCUGACAAUAUCAGGUUUGUUAGUCCUGUGUCUGGCCCUCAGGGCAAAGAAAGCAAAUCCAAAUCUAAACGCAGCAAGAACUCUAAAGACAAUGGUAACAAGGCCUCAGCUGGAGAUGGGGCCAAGAAAGAAAUUUUGGGACGAACCCAAGCAGAGCCAACGGGCACAGUGAGUAGUGCAGGAGCCCCUACCAACAAUUCCACCACUGGCAAAAGCACAGAAAAGGGUGGCAAAGCCUCCCGAGGAGUGCUUAGUGGUAAAAAAGACAAGGAGGGGGCAGGUGGGAAAAGUAAGAAAGAGAAAAGUGAGGGAGGCCCAGUAGUGGCAAUAACUGCUGCUGAAAAGGAGGUUGUUUCUCAAUCCCAAGCUACUAUGGGGGGUAAUCGCAGUGCCCCCUUUGAGAACACACAAUCGACAGAAUUGGCUGGAGCCGAUCAAAUGGGGAAUAAUGCACUUGAAUCUGUUGGGAUAGUCCCAGCGUUGACCAUUAAAACUGAACCAGAGGAACUGGAGAAUAGUAAUAAUGAAUGCAGAACACUGAAGAAGGUGAAAAAUGAAAAGAUGGACUCUCCAGUGUCCACGCCAGCCCCUCCACCUCACCACCUCAUGACCGCCGUGGGCAACACCGAGAUUGCCUCGCCAUGCGAACAAAUCAUGGUUCGUACACGCUCCGUGGCUGUGAACACUACGGAUGUGGCGUUGGCGACGGAGCCAGAGUGCUUGGGGCCCUGCGAGCCAGGCACAAGCGUUAACCUGGAGGGCAUAGUGUGGCAGGAAACAGAAGACGGCAUGCUGGUGGUUAAUGUCACCUGGCGAAACAAGACGUAUGUUGGCACCCUUUUAGACUGCACACGGCAUGACUGGGCUCCGCCAAGGUUCUGUGAAUCCCCCACCAGUGACUUGGAAAUGAGGAAUGGGCGAGGACGAGGCAAGCGGAUAAGGCCUAACAGCAACACACCCAUAAAUGAGAACAGCAAUUCAUCGGACAACAAGGGCAACAACAGCAAUAAGACCCGGGCCGCGUCCAACAGUAAGGGCAGACGGGGCAGUCAACCCUCGUCGGAACGCCGCACGCCACCCAACAGCAACACAGAGGACAUCAAGGCCAGCCCCUCCUCAGCCAGCAAGCGCAAGACCAAACCCACCUCUGACAUGGAACCCAAUUCCAGUUCAGAGGACACCAAAGGCAACAAGCGCAUGCGCACAAACUCCAAUAGUGGAGGCGCCAUACUGCCCUCUGUCCCCAUCCCUUCUAUUAAGACUGAACCCCUCCCACCACCCCUAGACCGCAAUUGCCCUUCGCCAGCCCUUAUUGACUGCCCACACCCCAACUGCAACAAAAAGUACAAGCACAUCAAUGGUCUCAAAUACCACCAAGCUCGUGCCCACAAUGAUGAUGACAUUAAGCUGGACCUGGAUGGGGAUAGUGAGUACGGGGAGGAUUCCACUCUCCAUCCUGAUCCAGGAAACUGCAAUGGAGCCUCCAUAAGCCAGAAAGGCUGCCUCUCUCCGGCACGGUCGGUCACUCCCAAAGGUAGAGGCUUUGACGCACAGAGUCAGUCCCCAUCCCCCGGCAAGUUUGGCUCACGGUCAGCCAGUAAAAAGAAGAGCGGUGAAGCAGACCCAGAAGCUGGUGGAACACCAAUGGAAGGUUGUGAUGAUGGGCCUUGUCUGACUGAUGAAGCUAGCAAUGAUGGAAUGGAGGAAAAGCGAGGCUCAAAAAAGUCCAGCAGUGGCGUCAAGUCUGACAAACUUGCACAGAAGACUAUGAAGACAUCCAGGCCCCCCCCACCACAAGGCACUGUAGCGUCCCAGCAGCUAUACUCCCUCCAGGCCUCACCCUUCUCUGCAGGAAACCCCAAUGCUUCUCCAGGGAUGUCUCCAAUGAUGCAGGGGGUUCCCAAAAGCCCCCAAAUGAAAAGUGCUCAGCCUAAACCCCCCAAUAUGGGAGAUCCUUCCCUGAACCCUGCAUCUAAUGGCUCCAAGGACAAGAAAAAGAAGGACAAAAAGAAAAAAGAUGUUGGGAAGGAGGCAGAUAGCCCCAAACCUCCAGGGAAAGGCGGGAAACCAGAGGAUGGAAAAAGCCCAUAUUCUGAAUCCUCCGAUCCAGGAAGCAAAAGUGACGGACUCCUCAAUGGCUCCUCUGACCCCCACCAGAGUCGAUUAGCCAGCAUCAAGGCUGAAGCUGAUAAAAUCUACAGCUUCACUGACAAUUCUCCAAGUCCAUCCAUUGGAGUGGCCAGUCGAAUUGAUAGCACAGGGAUGCCACAGCCCUUAACACCACUCCAUGUUGUAACCCAAAAUGGUGCUGACAACUCCUCAGUAAAGACCAACAGCCCAGCAUACUCUGAUAUAUCAGAUGCUGGAGAGGAUGGGGAGGGGAAAGUAGAAGGUGUCAAAGUCAAGACUGAAGACCAAGCCAUCAGGGAAAGCGCCAAGAAAACCCUAUUCCCCAACCAGACGUCCAAUAAGGAUUCCCCUUACUACGCUAACUAUGAGACAUACUACUCGCCAAACUACACCAACGCCAGUCCGGGUGGGCCCAACCCAGGAACACCAAUGGCAGAAGGUCAGGUCAAAGUCAAAAGGGAGGAAGAUCAGGACCAGGGGGAGGAGAAGAUAAAGGUUGAACCACAUGAAGAUCGCAAAGCUGACAUCAUUGCUUCUAGUCAGCCACAACAUCAACCCUCAGUAAUCCAGCAGCGAUCCAACAUGUACAUGCAACCACUGUACUACAACCAGUACGCUUACGUUCCCCCAUAUGCAUACCAUCCAGACCAGGCCUAUCACAACCACUUACUGAACACUAACCCAGCCUACCGACAACAGUACGAGGAGCGGCAGCGACAGGUGGCCGAGCAACACAGAGCAGCAGAAAAGAAAUCAGAUGCCAUCAUGAAAGAGCGAGAGGUGUCCAUGAAAGAGGAAUGGAAACAGAAGGCAUCCAUGCCUCCUACCCUCUCCAAAGCCCCAAGUCAGUCCGAUUUGGGCAAGGGACCUCAACCUCCAGGCAAGCCUAGGGAUUCCCCUUUAGAACCUUCCAAGUCCAUUGGAGGCAUUAAGGGAGAAGACUCAAAGUCCCAGCAGUCCGAAGGGCUAAAGAUAAAGCUGAAUGAAGGGGGACACCAGGGGAAAGAGGACUCCAAGCCAGGUCUAGAUUACAGAGGACAGACGGGAGUAGAGCAGUCAAUGUGGCACAGACAGUACGCUGAGAACCAGAAGCCCCAGCAAGAAGAUGACCAGCAGCCGCAACAACAACAACAACAACAGCCUCGAUGGAAAGACGAGAGGGACAGAGAACGUGAGCGAGACAGGAAAGGAAAGGACGAUAGGCCCAGACCCAGCGGUGGUCCCAAAGAAGAGGGCAAAGAGGGGUCAGACCCUCGUGCAAUGUCUGAAGAACACCGGGGCAUGAGUAAAGACCCACGUGGCAAUGCCCACAUGCAGUUCUCAUCCCCCCUGGCACAGCACCAGGGGUACAUGCCCUACAUGCACGGUUACCCCUAUGGCCAGGGCUAUGACCCCAGCCAUCCUGGGUACAGGGGAAUGCCCUCAGUAAUGAUGCAGAACUAUCCAGGGUCAUACCUGCCUGCAGGCUACCCAUUCUCUCCUUAUGCCGGCAAGAUGGCCGCAGGCGAAGAGGGCGGUGACAAAUCCCGUGCAAGCCCCACCGUGAGCAAAGCAGCCUCAGACUCCAAAGCCCUGGAUAUCCUACACCAGCAUGCCAGUCAGUACAAAAGCAAAUCCCCCACGGUGGGUGACAAGCCUUCCCACGAGAGGGAGAGAGAACGAGAGAGAGGAGGUGGAGGGGACCGUGACAGGGAGAGAGAAAGGGAGAGGGACGUGGACAGACCUCGCUCCUCACCCUCCCAGCGCAUCAUGCCCUCUCAUCACCACCUCGGCUACCCACUGCUCACGGGGCAGUAUGAUCUGUCCUACGGCACAGGUCUCUCAUCAUCCGCUAUUGUUGCCAGUCAGCAAGCUGCAGCCCCCUCCCUCUACCCACCGGCACGGAGGUGAGAACGGGAGACCUGACCGACUCACCUCAACGCUGCAACGAUUCAUGUGACUGGAUCACAUGAGCGGAAGUCCGUUCCCAGAAUCCAUUUUAGACAUCAGUUGAAUGGUGUUUCUAUAUUUUUAGUUCUCUGCCGGGAUUUUCUGGCAGAGGUCUUUUUUUCUUUUUCUUGCAUCCCCUAGCAUCUCUUAACUCGUUACUCCCCUCUCCCAACCCCAGACUUUAAUAGGACUGAUACACUCAACCAAGGUUCCAAGCCAUCACUCUCUGUCAACUAGGCAGACAACCAACCAACUGCUGAUAUCUUCUUGUCUUUGCACUGUCGACAAACACAUGCAAAAAGAAACUUGACUGGCUGCCUGAACAGCUAAAAAAUGUUUUGACUGCGUUGUUUUUUUGUCAUGUGCAGAAUAUGGCAGGGGAUUGGGCUCGGGUGGCCGAGAGAAGGGGGGGGGGGGGUCAAACAAAAUAAAGACUGACAAAAAAGUAAAUCAUGUUGAAAUGAUUGAACUUGAUGUCCUUGGUUUGUUGCUUAAGAUGUAAAAGUUUAUCCUUACAAAAUACAGGUUACAUGUUGAGAAAAUUGUUUGGAAAAUACAAUCCACAGACAAAAUCUUUUCGAGAUUUUGAGUUUGCAUUUUACCUUCUACUUCCAAUGAUUCUUCAUUUGAAAAGUAUGAUAAACUCCAAGUUCAUUUUUCAGGGAAUAAGUCAUAUUAGAGGAGAUUGCAGUUCACACAAUCUAACAAUAUCUAGGGUUUUUUUCUUCUGUUUUACUGACAUGUUUAUUGUUGACUUACGGCAUGACUUUUUACCCUUUGGUUAUGAUUCAUUCAUGUCCUCUGUCUCAGCUGGUAUCUCAAUCCCAAUACCCUCUUCUUACUCUGAAACACCAACAUCCUCAUACACAUCCACACCAACACACUAGUCAAGAUGGCACUUGACAAUUUGAACUCUGUCUAUGAGUUACCUAAAGCACUGAGCAUUUACAGUCCUGUAGCUCAUGCUAACUUCCCAUUUGUGCAGAAAGAGUACUGGCCCACAAUGGUAGUAGUGGAAUCAAAGAAUCAACAAACAGAAGAGGGGAGAUGGAAGCAAGCAAUGGAAAGCAAGAAGAAGAAAAAAGGACCACUACAACCAGCUGCUACAUCAAGGAUAACAGCAUCCUGCUGACUGCACCACUGUUAUGGAAUACAUUUUCCCAGCCUUGUGUUUAGUAACUCCACCAGACAUGGAGCCGAUAUAGAUGGCGUACCUGUUGAACUCUUGAUAGAUUAAGGCUCCAGAGGACGUACCCCAAAAAACUGAUUCAUGGUCAUGUUACAGCAGGGCUCCUCUACUGGAAAUCACUCCUCUCUUAACUUCUCACAUUAUCCAUGUUCAAUUGCAAGUCUCUCCUCUAAUCUAUAAUUAUCAUUGGUUCAUGGGCUGCUGCUUUUGGGUGUCUGAGAAAUUAUACUUUUUUAAUGGGGAGAUGGUAUAUUUAAUCUACUUGUCAUCAAAUUGCAGGCAUUAAUGCCAUAGCGUUGCCUGGUUUAGGUGGCUGUGGGCAAGCUUGGUAAAGUGUAUUGAGUGUUUUAGAGGUGUACUAGGUUCAGAAAUCUCCACUUGGGAAGGGGAAGGGUGGGAUGGAGUGGGCUGUCUCCCAUACAUGCUCAGUACGGUAAAAUACAGUACAUUGAAGCAUCCAGCAGGAAACUUUGCCAGUUGAAUGAGCUUUCUGUGGCAUGGUGCCACAUCUUAAAUGAUCAUUAAACCUUAUCUAUUAGCCUUUUUAAUUAAAGUGGCACAGACUUGGUAGACUACACAUAUUUUAACAUCAUGCGCUUAGAGUAAUGCUUAGAUAUCUGAAGGAGCAGUAUAGUCAGGUGGCAUAUUCACAUAAUUGGCAAGACUGUUCAUGUUACACCCCUGAAACAGCAUGACUUACCCCAGAAAGAUUCAUUCCAAGACUACAAAAGGUCUGGGUGUAUUUCUACUAGCUUGUCUCUGUUGUCAGAGUGAUUAUUAAACAGAUUGAUUGUCCAGCCUGUAAAUCUGAAUGUGACAGUGUUUUGACAUGUAAGAUCCCCUACUGUAAAUAGUAGGGUUAUGGUACAUAGGCAGCUGUGAUAUUGUCCUGUAAAUCAGUGGAGUAUAAUUCUAAAUGUACCUGAGAAGGUGGCAGAAGAACGUUUCUCUACAUCAGAUAAGGGAUACACUGUAUUUGGAGGGUUUCCUUAUAUGUUCUGUAAAUGUCCAACUCACCACUUUCCCUAACCGUAACCAUGUUUAAUAUCAGAUUUGGUUUGUUGGUAUUUUGAGUGUCUGUAGAUUAUCUACAGGGGCAACCUCAAUUGAAGUAUUGUCUGGAUAGGGAUUAAGAUAUUACCUGUGAAAUUAUCAUAUAUGGUUUAGACAAGUGCAGUUAAUCUCAAUUUAAGAAAAGAGAAGUUGAUUUGUAGGCGAAACAAGUUGAAAAUUAAGCAUCAUAAAAUGUAUGGAAAAGCCAAACGUGUUUAUUCUCUUGGCGAAUGACUAGAGAAAUUGAUCACUUUAUUUCUCUACUUUGUCAUUACUCCUUUAUAUAAAAAGUGGCACAAUAAUUUUCUCAUUUGGCUCCUGCAAAAUGUAACCUAAAAACUAGGAGAUAUUUUCUGAUGCCAUUAAGGGCCAAAACAGUGCAUGUUACAGACCCCUCCACCCUCCUUUCUUGGUCCUCCCAAUCACGUCUCUCGAUACCCCAAAUAUCAGUCUUCGGUACUUUCAAGGAUGUUUACAACCCCUUUCUCUUCUUAGUGAGGAACUUAGCACUCAGCAUCCUCACCAACUCUACUCUGUUUUCCCCUCACCCCCCACUCCCCCGUUUGUGUAAAGUGUACAUUAUCAUGGUUCUUUUUUAUACAAUACUGUAACUUGCCUUGUGCAAUUGAGGCAAACAAAUAAAUCUUUUUAUGAGACAAUCA